GGUGACUGACAGGCAGCGGAAGAGGAAGGAGCGGGCCUGGGGGCUGUGAGGUGGCAGCAGCUGCAGCGGCGGAGUCGGGGCUUCAGCCGGGAAUUGGGGUCUGUUCCCCCUUCCACGUCCUUAUCCUUGCAAGGGGCGUCAGGGUCACUGCUCCUGAGAGCAGGAGUUUUCCCACUUCUCCGUCGCUACGUCCCCAGCCCUUCUCCAGGACAGGGCUUGUCAAGUCAGCCGCACCCGGGCCGGAACCGGGCCGUCCUUUAUCCUUUCUUCGUGCUCACCGGGACCCUGGAUGCAGGGUGCUCUCUUAGGGGCUUCGGGUGGUCCCCUCAUUGCCCUGCGCCCACCGGCUCAGGCUCCCUCACUGGUUCAGUAAGGCUUUUUGCUCCCCGCCACGCAUUUGAGCACGGGGUCUUUCCCCUCUUCUCCCAGUAGCCUUCAGCGAAGCGUGACUUUAAUUCUUCCCACCCUUCCUCUAACUAAACGCUUGUCUUACCCAAUCCAGGCUCUCAAAUAAUCAGCUUAAUUAUCCCCUCCUCCCUUUCUGCAGCUCCUUUACGUGGCAGAUUUUAUUUCUGUUUUGAGACUAUAGGCUAAAACUAGCUUUUGGCCUUCUUUCUAGGGUUAGGAUUUCUUUCAUCGCUGAGAGGUAGCGCAGGCUAUAUUGUCGUUCCACUGGCAAUGUUCAUAUCUAAAGACAGCUGAGCUUUUGUUUGUCUUAUACAUAAUCCCUAUUUUUCCGUACCUGGGGCCCUUUCUGGUAAGACCACAUACCAAAUCGCUCAUACCCAGCAAGUUACUGUAGUUUGCCUUCUCUCUCCUCUCAGAGGAAAGUGGGGGCAAGACUAACCUCUUAGCAGCUGGGAUUUGGAGAAGACAUGCCAUGCAAAAUGGCUCCAAUAGCCAUUGUGCUCUUCUGAGAGGAUCUGAGUGCUGAGUCACCGUAUCUGUCUACCUCUUUUGGGUGGGCAGAACUUCUGUGCAUGAUACUAAGUAGUUCUUUACCACCCCUAACUUGGAGGAGGAGGGUCUUAUCUAGCCAUUGUGACUCUUAUCUUGGGCCGGGCCAGCCUUCAGCAGUCAGUCAGCAUCUCCUUCAGAAAACUGAGUGAGAACUGUACCCUGAGCCAUUAGGAAAGGCAGACUGAGCCAGGUUCCUCUGCUUGGUGGCUGUUGUUUUGAUGGAUCGUGUCUGUUUCCCCAACGCCUUCUUAUCAGUGGCUGCUAACUCUUAGAUCCCGCCUACAGAUAAACAUGUAUAGUCCUUUUUUGGGUAAAGUUUGGCAGUUUUGAGUUGUGUUUCCUUCCCUUCCCAUAGGAAGACAGAACUGUGAUCCUGGUAGUGAGUGAAAUUGAUUAUAAUGUUUAUUGCUAUUUAGUCUGAGGUUUUGGAUCCAGCACCUUGACCAGGCAGAGGGGGUAAUGAAGACAGGACAGUUAAGCUUUCUGGGGAAUGCUGGGCCUGGAAGCAUACACUCCUUGCUCUGUUGUUGACCUCAUUGACCCCAGGUUCCCUGGGUAAAACUCCUUCUGGCCUGGUGCCUGUCAGCUCCGUUGAUUCUUGAGGCUGUGCCUCUGGGGCACCCACAUGGGAGGGCUGGCCACCAUGCGACUGAGCUCCCUUUUGGCUCUGCUGCGGCCAGCACUGCCCCUCAUUCUCGGGCUGUCUCUGGGAUGCAGCCUGAGCCUCUUGCGGGUUUCCUGGAUCCAGGGUGAGGGAGAAGAACCCUGUGUAGAGGCUGUGGGAGAGCUGGGAGGGCCACAGAAUCCAGAUUCAAGAACUCGGCUGGACCAAAGUGAUGAAGACUUCAAACCCCGGAUUAUCCCCUACUACAGGGAUCCCAACAAGCCCUACAAGAAGGUGCUCAGGACUCGGUACAUCCAGACAGAGCUGGGCUCCCGUGAGCGGUUGCUUGUGGCUGUCCUGACUUCCCGAACCACGCUGUCCACUCUGGCCGUGGCUGUGAACCGCACAGUGGCCCACCACUUCCCUCGGUUACUCUACUUCACUGGGCAGCGAGGGGCCCGGGCUCCAGCAGGAAUGCAGGUUGUAUCUCAUGGGGAUGAGCGGCCAGCCUGGCUCAUGUCAGAGACCCUGCGCCACCUUCAUACACACUUUGGGGCCGACUAUGACUGGUUCUUCAUAAUGCAGGAUGACACAUAUGUGCAGGCCCCCCGCCUGGCAGCCCUUGCUGGCCACCUCAGUAUCAAUCAAGACCUGUACUUGGGCCGGUCUGAAGAGUUCAUUGGUGCCGGGGAGCAGGCCCGGUACUGUCAUGGUGGCUUUGGCUACCUGUUAUCACGGAGUCUCCUGCUUCGAUUACGGCCGCAUCUUGAUGGCUGCCGUGGAGACAUUCUCAGCACCCGUCCUGAUGAAUGGCUCGGCCGCUGUCUUAUCGACUCUCUGGGGAUUGGCUGUGUCUCCCAGCACCAGGGGCAGCAGUAUCGCUCAUUUGAACUGGCCAAAAAUAGGGACCCUGAGAAGGAGGGGAGCCCGUCUUUCCUGAGUGCCUUUACAGUGCACCCUGUCUCCGAGGGAACCCUCAUGUACCGGUUACACAAACGCUUCAGUGCCCUGGAGUUGGAUCGGGCUUACAGUGAAAUAGAACAACUGCAGGCUCAGAUCCGGAACCUGACAAUGCUGACUCCUGAGGGGGAGGCAGGUCUGAGCUGGCCCAUUGGGCUACCAGCUCCUUUCACACCACACUCUCGUUUUGAGGUGCUGGGCUGGGACUACUUCACAGAGCAGCAUACCUUCUCCUGUGUAGAUGGGGCUCCCAAGUGUCCACUGCAAGGAGCUAGCAGAGCGGAUGUAGGUGAUGCUGUGGAGACUGCCUUGGAGCAGCUGAAUCGGCGCUAUCAGCCCCGCCUGCGCUUCCAGAAACAGCGGCUACUCAACGGCUAUCGGCGCUUUGAUCCAGCCCGGGGCAUGGAGUACACGCUGGACUUGCUGUUGGAAGCUGUGACUCAGCGGGGACACCGGCGGGCACUGGCCCGCAGGGUCAGCCUGCUGCGGCCACUGAGCCGUGUGGAAAUCUUACCUAUGCCCUAUGUCACUGAGGCCACCCGUGUGCAGCUGGUGUUGCCACUCCUGGUGGCCGAAGCUGCUGCAGCCCCUGCUUUCCUUGAGGCCUUUGCAACCAGUGUUCUGGAGCCACGAGAACAUGCAUUGCUAACCCUGUUGCUUGUCUAUGGGCCACGGGAAGGUGGCCGAGGGGCCCCAGACCCAUUUCUCAGGGUGAAGGCUGCAGCAGCUGAGUUAGAGCGGCGGUACCCUGGGACAAGGCUGGCCUGGCUCGCUGUGUGGGCUGAGGCCCCUUCCCAGGUGCGGCUCAUGGAUGUUAUCUCGAAAAAGCACCCAGUGGACACCCUCUUUUUCCUUACUACUGUGUGGACGAGGCCUGGGCCCGAAGUCCUCAACCGCUGCCGCAUGAAUGCCAUCUCAGGCUGGCAAGCCUUCUUUCCGGUCCAUUUCCAGGAGUUUAACCCCACCCUGUCACCACAGAGAUCACCCCCAGGGCCUCCGGGGGCUGGCCCUGACCCCCCAUCCUCUCCUGGUGCUGACUCUUCCCGUGGGUCUUCCGUAGGGGGCAGAUUUGACCGACAGGCUUCUGCUGAGGGCUGCUUCUACAAUGCAGACUACCUGGCGGCACGAGCUCGGCUGGCUAGUGAACUGGCAGGCCAGGAAGAGGAGGAAGCCCUGGAGGGGCUGGAGGUGAUGGAUGUUUUCCUCCGGUUCUCAGGGCUCCACCUCUUUCGAGCCGUAGAGCCAGGGCUGGUGCAGAAGUUCUCACUGCGGGACUGUAGCCCACGGCUCAGCGAGGAACUCUACCACCGUUGCCGCCUCAGCAACCUGGAAGGGCUGGGGGGCCGUGCCCAGCUUGCCAUGACUCUGUUUGAGCAGGAGCAAGCCAACAGCACUUAGCACACCUCUGGGGCCCUAUAUCUCCUCAUAUUUCCCUUUUCUGCCUUUGCCCCAGGAGGGCAAGGCAUGAUGUAUGGAUAGAUGGAGAGCUUGUUGCUGUAUUUUUUCAAAUAAGCAAAUGUUGUAUUAAAGCGUCUUAUGCCAAACAGUUUUGAGGUCUAGGGAAAAUGGAAUAAGGAGAAGAAUAUGAGGGAAGGGUGUGGGAAGUUUUUCAGGGCAACCCACUGCCUCCCCUCUCCCUUCCUCCCUCUUCCCUAUUCCAGUAACCACACAGCUGCUAUUAGAUGAAUGACCUUUAAUCCAGUCCCUCAGCUUCACCCCAAGGGCAUCAGAAGUGAUGGCAGGGCCCAGGAUGGAUCCCUGGGGGAACAGAGCCCAAGCCCGGAAGGUCCAUAGUGGUGCUUAUUCAAAGGGGUUCCUAGGUGUUGCGCACAACCAGCGACUGCUCCAGUUCCUGCCUGCGCUGCUGGAUCUUUAGAGAAAGAGCAGGAGCAGGGUUACAGUAUUCCUGGGGAGUGAUCAGACAACCCCCAACCACCCUGUUUACCCUCCUUGCCUUGAAAGAGCAUCUGGGAGCAGGGAGAGCUAGUAAAUGGUGGAGGAGGGUAUGGGUGGAAAAGUUUCACCAUGUGGAGUUGGCAAGGGCAGCUAAAAGCUGAGAGGGGAGACUUCUCUCGAGUGCAGAGGGGCAGUCUGAAGUGUGAGGACCUCUCCAUACCUUGCAGUAGAAGUAGCGGCUGACAGCUUCCUGGGACCAGGGCUGGUGGUAGAACUCGGCCCGGCGUUCCUCUUCAGGGUUGCCUGCCACAUCUGUCAUCACCUGGGAGGGAGCAGUGGGGAUCUUCCCUAAGCCCAGAAUCACCCCACCCUUCACCAGUCUACAGCAUUUACUGUCUUUCCAAAUAUGCUUGUUUUCCACUUCAGUAAUCCCUGAGUCUCCCUCUUCACCUUGAGGUCCCGGCUUUGGGAGCGGAGCAGGUCUUGGACAUAGCCUUUGGGGUCUCUGGAGAAGCUUAGCAUGAAGUCCCUCUGGAUCUUGAGCUGGUUUAUGGACUCAAUCGUCUCGUGGAUCUACAGACAGAAAGAUGCCAUCAACCUGGCCUUGGUGAUAUGGGAGAGGAGGGUAAAAGGAAGAUGGUAGGAAGUAGAGGGAGGAGGGGAUUCACUCCUGUUCAGCUGAAGGGCAGUCCCUCAGCUGCUGAUUCCUUUAAAGUCCCAGGGAAGGAGUGGGGGGUGGACGUGGACAGAACUAAACUUGUAAUGAGGUUGAACUAGUAGCAGUAGAAGAGCCAUUUAUCCCUUUUACCUCUCCAUGUGUUCAUGCUCUAGUCUAAGCCUGUACUAUGUCAUUUCUGGGUUAAUGUUCCACUCCAGGUAUGGGAUAAUGUCCUACGCCAUCUCUGGGCGCUGGCCCCACCUUACUAUCCAGAGCGCUGAUCUCCUGCUGAUUAGCUGUGGAUAGGAGGAAGCUGCUCAUCUGCCCCUUCAGUGGCUCCUCCACCUCCACAUCAAUGUCAUAGCACGCUGUCUUCUUCUGGUCUGAUGGGUCCACACUGCCAAGGAAGUCAGCCCUUGAUGUCCAUCAUGGCCCACACAGAGGCCAAGGGCACAGGAGCUGGGGCAGAGCCAAUGGGGAGGGGAAAGGAGAUGGGAAUGGGAAGAAGAAGGAGGACAGGAAAGGCAGGAAUAAGAUAAUUGCCUGGUCUGAGGGUCAUCUCACCUGAUAACAUGAUUGAUGACGAUUGGGUCAGGGGGCAAUAGCAGAGCUGUAAGGCGCUGGGGAAUCUCAGAAAACUUCAGCCGGGGACAAUCAAAAAUCUGAAGCAGAAGAAUGGGGAGAGAAGAGAUACCACCUUUCAUGCUUGAAGAGAGCAAAACUAUAGUUCUAGAUCCUUCCAUUCUGGAAGGGCUGUAAGAAGCUAGAACUAAAGUCUUAAUUCCUCAGUGCUCACAGGGAUGGGACUGGGAUGGGCGGUGGUGGAAUGCUAACAAGGAAGGUCAGUAUAGUGCAGCAGUUGAGAGCUUGGGCCAUGCGUCUGCCUGCUUAGGUAUAAAUCCUGCUUCCACCACUUUCUAUGUAACCUUGAGCAAGUUACCAACAUUGUAGGCUUCAGUUUCCUCAUCUCUAGAAUGGGGAUAAUAGUACCUAUCUCACAGGGUUGUUGUGAGAAUCAGAUGAAUUAAUAUAUGUAAAGCGCUUGGAACAGUGCCUGGCACAUGGUAAGCGCUCAAUAAAUGUCAAUUGCUAUUUUUA